AAGCUUCGAUUUUUGGACAUCUCUGAUUUGGGUGGAAUGCGGUGUGAUGCGUUAAGUGGUUUAUCUGAUGAUGAUUUACCACAUCUUCGUUUUCUUCAGCUACAUCGUACUAGGGUUAAUGAAGAGUUGCUGUGGGCUUUGAAUCUGAAACGUCCACAUUUGAUGAUUACGAACCGACAUGAUUACUUCAUCAAUUGGGACAUUAGAGAUGAAGAACGGCAUUUGAAUGAGAAUUUCAAUGGCGAUAUGAAUCGUGUGUUGAAUGAUCUCGAGGAAUCUGAUGGCUUUUGUUGUAUGUGUAAUCCAGUACUGGAUUAUUAUGAAUAG